CCUCAACCACCGAUACGGCAGAUCCCAAUCUCCGGCCACCACUCUCACACCUGCCAUGGCUGCCAUCCUGGAAUAUCACCUCGAAUGUCAUACAAUAUCAUCUCCCCCUUCAAAACUAAUUCCACCUUCAGCAUCCAGCAAAUGGUUCCCAUGUUUUCCUCUGAGCAAAUAUAAGUGUGGGAUUUCAACAGCUUGAGCAAAUAUAAGUGUGGGAUUUCAACAGCUUGAAAGCCCAGAAAACGAGCAUCAGAAGGUACGACCGCCUCUGAAGUAUCGGGAAGCUAUUUUUCUUUGACGAACUCGGCCUCGGCGAAUCGUCUUCCUCCCCUGGACUCACUCGUUUCCUCUGCAACUACUUCCUUCUCCUCUCCGGAGUCGUUUAGAGCCCUCCUCUGCCACGUCAUCACCGCUUCUCUCGUCCUCAUGUGUCACCCGCCACCGCGAUCAUCAGAAGGCGCCGGUGAACUGUACAAGAAGACGGAGGGACACGGCUGCGUUUAAUGGGGGAAGACGACGCACGGACGUCUGCGUUUAAUGGGGGAGUUAUUUAUUUAUUUAUUUCAUUUUAUUUCUUAAUUUUUUAUUUAAUCCAGCUGUUCAAAAAUUGUACAAAUGGCAAGUUUUGAGUGGAAGUACCACAACUGACGUGGUAGGACUGCAUCACUGUAUAAUUUCUCUGGGAAGCAGCAGCAGCAGCAGAGCGAUAAGAGGCGAAGUGGGGACGGACUGAGACUCUCACCCUCGCCGUUCGCCAUUUCACAUUCGCCAUCACUGACUCUUCCUUCCUUCUAUCAUCCAUCUCUUUCGGUUUCAGUUGGUUGGUUUGGGCAGGCAUUGAACCUCAAUGGGUCCUCUGACGCUAGUAGUGAACUCGAAAACGGGCUCAGGAACUUCACCAGAUGAAUAUAGCCAGAAAACGCAGUAUGCUCCUAUAGGAACACGGAAGUCUUUUGCAUCAGUCAGCAUGCAGGAAGAGAAACCCUUUGAUUUCUUACGCACUUUAUUUGAGGGUGUCAUUGCAGGAGGUACAGCCGGGGUUGUUGUUGAAACGGCUCUAUACCCCAUUGAUACUAUAAAGACAAGACUGCAGGCUGCUCGUGGUGGAGGGAGAAUAGCCUUUAAGGGGCUUUAUUCUGGAUUGACUGGAAAUCUUGCUGGUGUCUUACCGGCUUCUGCAAUUUUUGUUGGAGUGUAUGAACCUGCGAAGAAAAAACUGUUGAAGAUUUUCCCUGAAAAUCUAAGUGCUCUAGCCCAUUUUACAGCAGGGGCUUUUGGAGGUAUUGCUGCAUCACUCGUUCGUGUUCCGACAGAGGUUGUUAAGCAAAGGAUGCAAACUGGGCAAUUUACAUCAGCCUCUGUUGCUGUCCGCCAUAUUGCUUUUAAAGAGGGCUUUAAAGGAUUCUAUGCGGGAUAUGGAUCGUUUUUAUUGAGAGAUUUGCCAUUUGAUGCAAUUCAAUUUUGCCUAUACGAGCAGCUUCGGCUAGGUUACAAAAAAGCAGCAAAAAGAGAGCUCAACGAUCCUGAAAAUGCUAUCAUUGGGGCUUUUGCUGGCGCAGUAACUGGAGCAAUAACCACUCCCCUUGAUGUGAUUAAAACCAGGCUAAUGGUUCAGGGAUCUGCAAACCAGUACAAAGGAAUCAUUGAUUGUGUUCAAACUGUUGUGAGGGAAGAAGGACGUUCUGCUCUUUUGAAGGGCAUCGGGCCGAGAGUACUGUGGAUAGGCAUAGGCGGAUCAAUCUUUUUUGGAGUCCUUGAGAGGACAAAGCAGCUGCUUGCUCAGAGGAAACCUGCACUUCCUCAAGACUCAAAGCAGGAUUAACAUUUAGAUGAUUUAUUUAUUUAUCUGGACUUAUCGUAGUUGUUUUUGUUUAUUUAAAAUGUAAAAUGCCAAAAUUAAGCUAGUGUGAAACAUGAUUAACGUCAAGAUUUCAGUGUUUAAGUGAGAAACAUGAUUCAUUUUUUUACUAAAUAAUGAUUAGAUGAUUGAACGAUUA